AUGCCGUCAGAAUUAGAAGAGCUUGUGGAAUUUCUGCACCACGGCAACACGCAGAUCAGGCAGACUGCGGCCGACCACCUUGUCGGAUACUCACAGGCGAACGUCUCCCUAUGGAAGCGCAACCAACUAGAGCCUAUUAGGGACCUGAAGCUACUCGUCAAGGACUAUGCGCCCAUAGCGAAGAACGCCCUGACCAUCCUCAUCAAUGUCUCCGCCGACGCCGAGGUCCAGAAGGCGCUGGCAAAGGACGACGACUUCCUCGAGACGCUCUUAUCGCGGAUAACCAACUCAAAAGAGCCCAACGCCAACGAGAUCGCAAUGCUCCUCGCCAACAUGGCAAAGGACGACUCGCUACAGCGCGUCUUAGAGUUGAAGCGCGACAUACCAAAAGAACUGUCCAAGUCAACGUGGGCUAUGGAUCAGCUCAUGGACUGCUUCGUCAAGGGCGCAGAGGGCGCGUAUAACAAGAACGCAGAUUUUGACUACCUUUCGUACUUCUUCGCCGAUCUAGCCAAGUUUCCCAAGGGUCGCGAAUACCUCACCACACCGCAAGAGCACGACGAUAACGUAAUCCCUAUCACCAAGAUCCAGGUCUUCACAGACCACGCCUCGCACAUCCGCCGCCUUGGCGUAGCUUCGGCGAUUAAGAACGUCGCUUUCCACGUCCCUUCGCAUCCCGUGCUACUAUCGAAUCUAUCGCCCGACCCGAAUCUCCCACCUCCAUCUAUCGGUGCAAACCUACUUCCAUACAUCCUUCUACCCCUCAUGGGCCCAGAAGAGUACGCAGAUGACGACACAGAGGGCAUGCUGGAUGAGCUACAACUCCUUGAGCCGGACAAGGAGCGCGAGAAGGAUCACGAAAUCAUCAAGACUCAUCUUGAGACGCUGCUUUUACUGAGUACAACGCAAGAAAGCAGAGAGGUGCUGAGGCGCGUCAAAGUCUACCCGAUUGUCAGAGAGUGCCACAUGCAUGUCGAUGACGAAUCAGUCCAAGAAGCAUGUGACCGUGUGGUCCAGGUCAUCAUGCGCAAAGAAGAAGGCGAAGAGGAGGAUAUACCAGACAUGGCUAGUGCAGGUGGUAGCGGGAAGCUGAUGGAAUUGGAAAAUGCCGAAGACGAUGAAGACGAGAAGAUUGUUGACAUUGUCUAG